GGUUGUAGAAAAACACAAACCUUGGCUAUUGCUCAUCUCCGGUGUUCUUUGUCCUUUGAGUCGUGUCGCGAUGCAGCACUGUCACUCGGAAACAGCAGACUCGUGCGUGGCCACUGAAACCUACGCGUCAGCAGACGCUCACCUUCUGAACACCCAUGACGCAUCGCUAGCAUCCUGACUCUCCCUUCCGUCACUUGUCGCCCUACUUUACAUGGUCAGUUUCUUCUUCAAAUCUGUUUCACUGCUUGUCAUCAAAUUUUAUAAUGGACUGACUAGUUCCUGAAAUCGAUUGCGGAUCAUUAAGCGUUGUAGGAGAAACAUAGAACCUCACCUGCUAGGCAAAGUAGUGCAAAAAUGUCGGACAACAAUGUUGGCGAGUAUGCUGUUAUGGGGGAAGGAUCUUCUCACAAGCACAAUAAGGUUUCUAUGUUACCUCUUGUAUUCUUGAUAUUUUAUGAGGUCUCUGGCGGGCCAUUUGGUGUCGAGGAUAGUGUCCAGGCAGCCGGUCCCCUAUUAGCCCUUCUUGGGUUUCUUGUUUUCGCACUCAUAUGGAGUGUUCCAGAGGCAUUGAUAACAGCAGAAAUGGGCACCAUGUUCCCUGAAAAUGGAGGAUAUGUGGUUUGGGUUUCAUCAGCUUUGGGUCCAUUUUGGGGAUUCCAGCAAGGUUGGGUGAAAUGGCUUAGCGGGGUAAUUGAUAAUGCUUUGUACCCUGUUUUGUUUCUGGACUAUCUGAAAUCAGCAAUUCCGGCUUUAGAAAGUGGUUUGCCAAGGACAAUUUCAGUGUUGGUAUUGACUGCAAUUCUCACUUAUUUGAACUAUAGGGGUUUAACCAUAGUGGGCUGGGUUGCUAUUUUGCUAGGUGUGUUUUCACUUCUUCCUUUUAUAGUCAUGGGGCUGAUCUCAAUUCCGAAGAUAGAGCCUGCUAGGUGGCUAAUUGUAGAUCUGGGCACUGUUAAUUGGAGUUUGUACUUGAACACGCUCUUCUGGAAUCUUAAUUACUGGGAUUCAAUCAGUACACUUACAGGGGAAGUGGAAAACCCUAGUAGAACUCUUCCAAAAGCUCUGUUUUAUGCUCUUCUCAUGGUUGUUCUUGGAUACAUUUUCCCUCUUCUGACUGGUACUGGAGCUAUUCCAGUUGAUCGUGAAGUGUGGUCUGAUGGUUAUUUUGCUGAUAUUGCUAAAAUUCUGGGAGGUGUAUGGUUAAGAACCUGGAUUUUAGCGGCAGCUGCUUUGUCAAACAUGGGUAUGUUUGUGGCUGAAAUGAGCAGCGACUCCUUUCAACUUCUUGGUAUGGCAGAAAUUGGGAUGCUUCCUUCAUUGUUUGCCAAACGAUCUCGUUAUGGUACCCCACUUAUGGGAAUCUUGUUUUCUGCAUCUGGUGUAGUUCUUCUCUCUUGGUUGAGCUUCCAAGAGAUUGUAGCAGCAGAGAACUACUUGUACUGUUUUGGGAUGAUUAUGGAAUUCAUAGCUUUCGUGAAGUUAAGAAUUCAGAACCCAAAUCUACCGCGGCCUUACAAGGUUCCUUUUGGGAAUAUCGGAGUGAUUAUGAUAUGUAUUCCUCCAACUAUGUUGAUCAUUGUAGUUUUAGCACUUGCUCCUCUAAAAAUCAUGGCAAUAAGCGUUGCUGCUGCGGUAUUCGGGCUAGUUUUGCAGCCUUGUGUUGAGUACAUCAAAAAGAAGAAAUGGUAUGUUUUCUCUGGGAGUUUUGACAAUCCAGAUUGCCAAUAUGCAUCAGUGUAACAAACCAUGAUCUCAUUAAUGCUAGUUGUCAUUCUGUGUUUGAAACGGUUGGUUCUGUUUGACUGUUAGAAGUUACUAGUUCUCUUCUGAGCUUUCCUUUGCCAUAUGAUUUGAAAUUCAUAUGGGUGAGAAAACCAAUGAUCGAAAAAUUGAUUGCCGUUCCUGU